CUAUCUACCUUUCAUCACCAAAGAAAUAAAGGAUCUUCUAACAGCGAUGGAGAAAGACUGGGAGGAAGUGAUCAGGAUGGAAGAUAAGGAUAAAAUGAUGAAAUACGCGAAAUACAGCAGGAUUCUAUCCACGAAAGUAAACGCUUUCUGUUACUCUCUUAUCGCGAUUUAUGCUACGACAAGAUGUUUAUCGAUGCGUACCGAAGGUCGUCUUUAUUUUUUCCCCUCGUAUUUUCCAUUCGAAACAAUGACCAGUCCACUGUUCGAAUUCAAGUUCGUCGGUCAAACGAUAGGUGCAAUUUAUUAUUCAGUAACGUACACAGCAGUGGAUACUUUCCUGGCCAUGUUGAUCCUUCAUGUGUGCGGACAACUUUCAAGGCUACGAAACGAUCUGAUCCACUUGAAUACCGACACGAGAAAAAACUUUCAAAUGCAGUUAAAUUACAUCGUGGAAAGACACAAUCAUUUGAACAGAUUCGUCGAUACGAUAGAGAGACGGUUCAACGUAAUGCUACUCUUUCAAAUACUUGGUUGCACUUUGCAAUUGUGCAUGGAAUGUUUUCACGGACUUAUGGUAAAAUUACGAAUCUUGCACAUUCAUGCUUAUUCUUAUCAAACCAUUUCCAUCGAAGAGAUAAAGGAUCUUCUCCACUCGAUGGAGGAAGAUUGGAAGGAAGUAUCCAAGAAGGAAGAUGAAAAGAAAAUGAUGAAAUACGCGAAAUUCAGCAGAAACCUAGCUACGAAAGCAACCGCUGUCUGUUCUGUUCUUAUCCUUGUUUAUACCGUAAAGAGAUGUCUAUCGAUGAAUACCGAGGGUCGUUUAUAUUUUUUCCCUGCGUAUUUUCCAUUCGAGGCGAUGACUAGUCCAAUAUUCGAAUUAAAAUUCAUCGGUACAAUGAUAGGUGCGACUUACUAUACAGUAACGUAUACAGCAGUAGACACUUUCCUAGCCAUGUUGGUCCUUCACGUGUGUGGACAACUUUCGAGACUACAAAACGAAUUGAUCAAUUUAAAUUCUUCUACAAGAGAAGAAUUUCAUUUCAAAUUAAGUUAUAUCGUAAAAAGGCACGAUUAUCUGAACAGAUUCAUCGAGACGAUAGAAGACGAAUUCAAUAUAAUGCUCCUUUUUCAAAUACUUGGUUGUACCGUGCAACUCUGUAUGGAAUGUUUUCAAGGACUUUUGUUAAUGGCCGGUAAAGGAGAACAGAUACCCUUAAUAGAGAUGUUCUUCUUCGCAUUCUACAUCGUUUACGUUCUACUUCAACUAUAUCUCUAUUGCUACGUCGGUGAAAGACUUUGGUCCGAGAGUACCGAAGUUGCUCGCGCCGCAUACGAAUGUAAGUGGUACGAAUUCCUACCGAACGAGGCUAGAUCAUUGAUAUUGAUAAUCCGUCGAUCUCGGUCUCCUUUGCGUCUAACAGCAGGCAAAUUCUGCACUUUCAAUCAUGAACUCUACAACAGCGUACUGAAGACAUCGAUGGGCUAUCUAUCCGUUUUACGUGCAACAAUGAUAAAAGAAGAAUGAUACUUUUGACUUAAUACACAAAUAAUUAUAUCAUCAUAGAAUCGCAAAGAUCCAAA